AUGGGCGACAAAAGGCACGAUGUCAGUGUUGAAAAGCUUCUUCUCACAGGCACAACCGGAUAUAUUGGGUUCAAGACUCUCCUCAUAGCACUCGAAAGGGGCUACUGGGUCCGAUUGAUAGUCCGAAAGGAGAGUAACCUCAAUGACUUAAGGGCAAAGCAUGAGCUGGUCGCAAAAGCGUCCGAGCAGAAGCGGCUCGAGUUUGUUGUGAUUUCUGAUUUCACUGACGCCGUGUCUAUCGAGAGGGCCUUGCAGGGGAUUACGGCAAUCAUACAUUUAGCAUCGCCAUUGGCGAAAGCAGACAGCGAUUUCGAGAAAAAUAUCGUCGACCCCGCGGUUCUGAUGGUCAACACAAUCCUUGAGUCUGCCGCCAAAGUCCUCACAGUACAGCGGGUCGUAAUCACUUCAUCGUGUGUCACAUUGAUUCCAUUUGAGUGGAACUUUAACCCCGACUCUGAGACUCUCUAUACCGCCCAGAAUCUCAAUAGCAACCCCACAAAGCCAUACACCAACGCGAUGGAGGCCUACUGGGCAUCAAAGGCACUCGCUCGCAUCGCAACACGAGACUUCACAGCGAACCAGAAACCACAUUUCGAUUAUGUCAAUCUACUCCCCUCGGUAGUCAUAGGGCCAGACGAGCGGAUCCCAAUCGAUGGGCAUGUUGACGAGCUUCUUUCAGGGGCUCGCGCCGCAGUUCUGGCGCCUGCACUGACGAGCGAUCUGAACUCCGCAUUUCCAUAUGUUGGUGUCCCAGUUCACGUCGCUGACGUAGCGCGAGCACACGUGGACGCCGUCAAUGCCAAUUUGAUCCCCGGAGAUACGGAGUAUAUCCUGUCUUCUGACACGCCGGAGGGGGUCGAGUGGGACCGAGAUGUCAGCAACGCGGCGCAGAAGUAUUUUGCUGCGGAAGUCUCAAACGGCGUGUUGCCUUUGAAGGGGGCUCUUCAGACAAUCAAGUGGCGGAUCGACGCGAUGAGCACUGAGGAGGCGUUUGGUUGGAAGUUCACAUCUUUCGAGGAAACGGCCAGGCAGUUGAUCGCUCAGUAUAUCCAGCUCAAAGGGAAUCAGACAGUGGGCUCCAAGGGAAAGUAA